UGUCUGGAAAAUGACUUGCCAUGAUAGCUUUGGAUUUUCUCACAUAUUUAUCAUCUUAGAUGAGUUUUAAGGCGGGGGUUUGUUCCCUUGUGGCGUUUAAUCAGCACCAAGGACAGCACCAUAUUCCGGAGGAGGUGCUGCGCCAGGGCGUCUUUUUAUUAUUGAGAGCUUAUAAAAUCUCAGGCCAUCAACACAACCUGAUCCUGAUGAUAAGCUCAACAGUCUGACGAGAAACUCGUAUUUGUAUUUAUUAUCUAUUCGUGAUUUCAUCAUUUUAAAGUUUAGAAGAAGACAGCAUGGAGUGUGGGGCAUGAAGCUCGAGUCGAGGAUUUUAUUGUUUUCAAGCCACCAAUGAGUUGGAUCAGAAAAUGACUUUGCCGAAGAUCCUCGGGAAUAAAAAGUAAAAUGUCUGGGGAAUUAACCGACAACAACGAUGAAGGCGCAGUCGGGACUCCCCGCUCUGCUUCCGUCAACUUCAGCUGCGCUUUCAAUACUUCAAACUGCUCGCACGCUGACUUCCACAUGUCGGACUUAACUAAAACCGAUUUCGUCGGAGAUGGUGCCGCUUUUGUGAGGAUUACCAUCUCUGUGAUAUACUCUCUGGUUUGUGCCCUUGGUCUGGUUGGGAACCUGCUGGUUUUGUACCUCAUGAAGUCCAAACAGGUGUGGAAGAAAUCCUCCAUCAACCUGUUCGUGACAAGUUUGGCUGUGACUGACUUCCAGUUCGUCCUGACUUUGCCCUUCUGGGCUGUGGAGAACGCACUGGACUUCACCUGGCCCUUCGGCAAAGCCAUGUGUAAGAUAGUUUCCUACGUAACGGCCAUGAACAUGUACGCCAGCGUGUUUUUCCUCACGGCCAUGAGCGUGGCGAGGUACUGUUCUCUCGCCUCGGCACUGAAAGGCAGGCGGCGGCGCACGCACUGCUGCUCGGCGCGGUGCGUCUCCAUCUUCAUCUGGUUCGUCGCCGUCUCCGCCGCUCUGCCGCACGCGGUUUUCUCCACCACCGCCACCGUCUCCAACGAGGACCUGUGCCUGGUAAAAUUCCCAGAGACAAACGGGUCAGCGCAGUUUUGGCUGGGACUCUAUCACUCGCAGAAAGUACUAUUGGGCUUUCUGGUACCUCUGGGAGUCAUCUCGGCUUGUUACCUUCUGCUUUUGCGCUUCAUCACGUCCAAAAAUAUCAACACCUCUAGCGCGAAACGACGCGCCAAGGUCACGAGGUCGGUCACCAUCGUGGUUCUAUCCUUCUUCCUCUGCUGGCUGCCCAACCAGGCACUCACAGCCUGGGGCAUCCUCAUAAAACUCAACGUUGUUCACUUCACUUAUGAGUACUACACCAUGCAGGUGUACGUGUUCCCCGUGUCGGUAUGCCUGGCGCACUCCAACAGCUGCCUGAACCCCAUCCUUUACUGUUUGAUGCGACGAGAGUUUAGGAAAGCGCUCAAAAACCUCUUCUGGCGCAUGACCUCUCCGACUGUGACCACCAUCAGACCGAUCACAGGCACCACAAAGCCAGAGAUGGACGAGCAGGGGCAUCCGUUGGUGGCUGGUAACGCGCCAGCGGUGCCCGAGGUGGUGUUCUUUCCUCCGGGGGCGGUGAUUUACAAUGACCGGCUCGACCUGCCGCAAAACAGCACGUAGUUUAAACAUACAGGAGCUUAGUUUAAAGAUGAUUGGGCUGCUGUGUUGAUUUGUAUAUACAGUAGGCUAAAUGUUCCUCUAUAAACAUGAGAAAAACUCAAACAGGCAGGGGCAGUUUUGGAUAUUGGCCAUAUGGCUCACCACCCAGGGCCACAAACACUUGUGGGCAAUUAGAUCAACUUGGGGGGAGGUUCUUGCAUCACUGGCAGCCCUGGGUGAGCACUUCAUUCACCCCCAAUUUCACAGUUUAAAAUGCUUUUACAAACAGGAGUAAAUCUCAAAAAAUGUUUUAAAGAAUCUUUGAACUGCAGAACAGUGACAGAACUAGCAACACAAGUCACCAGACCCCCCCAGGUCUUAGCCACGCCUCUGUUUGUGCAGUGUAAGCCCUGUAAGGGCUUCACUGGCUAAAGUAGGUAUCUGCUUUGAAGUUUGGCAUUACAUUAAGGGGCUAUUUAUGAAGGCAUCUGAUAAGGUCUAUUUCAAUAUUUAAAAUGUUUAGACUGAUCAAACCUGAGCUCAAUUAUUCAACUCAGAACAGAGAUUCCCUAAAUCACAGAUUGAGAGUUAUGGAACCGUAAUUCAGUUCUAGACGUUAUUCCUUUGAGGGUAUAGAAGUAGGGGCUUGCCCAGGGCCCCGUUUAUGCCAGAACCACCUCUGUAGCCAGGAAUUAACUGUCUUGGUCAUAAAUACAUUUUACUGUAGCUUUACCAAGUUAUAGGCUACUUCAUCUUACUUACAGUGACGCUGAUCAUUGUCAUCAUCUACAAUAAGGGUAAAAACUGUUUUAUUGUUUUAUGUUUGUUCUGUAAAUAAAUGUAAACAAAUAAUAAAUGCAAGUAAAGUGCAUUAUCAACCUGUG